AUGGAUGAUGUGUGUAGUCCAAUGCGACCUAAUCUAUCAGUUUUAAACACCAAGUCUGAUGGGAUAAAAGAUUAUAUAAAACUUGGUUUCAAUAAAAUCAUUAAUACCGUAAACAAGCAUCCACUAGAUUGUGACCAUUUGAUAGUGUUCGUCAUUGGUGGCAUAAGUGGACACGAAGUGCAUUCAAUUUGUGAAGCGACAAAAAAUUGUGGCAUUCGAGUAAGUAUAGGAUCUACUAGAAUGUUAUCACCAUAUGAGGCAGUGCACUCAUUGUUUAAAAAAGUUUAG